AUGCCGAGAUGCGCUGGGAGUAAUUUGUUGUUGCCUGCGGUGCGCUACCGUGCAGCGUCUGCCACCGAUGCAGAUGAGGCAGUUAUUAUCUUCCAGACCAGGGUGAAACUCCCGUCGGAGCUGGUCUCGUACGCAGAAGUGACCAAGGCAUCAGAGUCUAAAACGCCCACAGUGUCUUCGGGAGAACUCAGACACUAUUCGAAUUCGGGGGUUCCGAGCGGUAUAAAACAAAGACCGACAUUGUACUAUCUCUGUCACGUCUCCGCCCAACUUCCACCAGCCUUCCCCCCCUCCUCGCUGCAGACAGCCAUGACGACCACAAUUAACGGAAAGACGACUGCGACGAGCUGGGCAAUGUACAUGCGCUCGUUGUAUGCCGACCGCCAGCCGCCGACGCUGGGCACGGUCGCCGUUGACAAGCUCGAGGAGGCCGCCCGCGAGAAGCUGAAGGACCGGAUUGAGGCGUUCCUCUAUGUCUUUGGCAGCGCCGGGACAUGCUCGACGCACGACUACAACAGAAACGACUUUCACAAGUACAAAAUCAUCCCCCGCAUGCUGCGCGAUGCGACACAUCGCACCUUGGAGACAACCCUCUUCGGCGUGCAGUACCCGUCGCCGCUCUUGCUCGCGCCCAUCGGCGUACAGGGCAUCGUGCACCCGGACGGGGAGCUCGCCACAUCCGGCGCCGCUGCAAAGGUCGGCAUCCCCUACAUCAUGAGCACCGCCUCGACGCGCUCCAUCGAGGCCGUCGCGCAGGCGAGCGGUUCCGGUCCCCGCUGGUACCAGCUUUACUGGCCCAAGUCGAACGAGCUGACGCUCUCCGUCCUCUCGCGCGUCAAGAAGGCCGGCUUCUCCGCGCUCGUCAUCACGCUCGACACGAUGCUCCUCGGCUGGCGGCCGCAUGACAUUGACACAGCGUACCUGCCCUUCUUGCACGGCGUCGGCACGCAGGUCGGGUUCACGGACCCCGUGUUCAUGGCGCAGUUCGGCAAGGACGCGUACCCCGUCGACCACGCUCCCCAGUGGCCGUACGAUCCCGCCCACUUGGACGAGCGCAUCCGCCAGGGAGACGAGACCGCGAAGGAGCACGCAUUCCUUGGUGAACGCUGGAUCGGCGAGGUCGCCUCGGGCGUCUUCCGGCCGUGGGAGGACCUCGCGUUCCUGAAGCAGAACUGGGACGGCCCGAUCAUCCUCAAGGGCAUCAUGUGCCCUGAGGAUGCAGAACUUGCGAUAGACCACGGUGUUGACGGGAUUGUCGUCUCGAACCACGGUGGGCGGCAGGUCGACGGGUCCAUCUCCACCCUCUACGCACUGGACAAGAUCAUGCAGAGCCCCAAGGUCAGAGAAGCACAAGCCAGCGGCAGAUUCACCAUUCUCUUCGAUUCGGGCAUCCGCACCGGCAGCGACGUCAUCAAGGCUAUCGCGCUCGGUGCACAGGCUGUCCUGUACGGCCGGCCGUUCAUGUACGCGCUCGCCCUCGGCGGUCAGGAUGGUGUGGAGAGCCAGAUCAGAGCGAUACUCGCAGAUGUUCACGUCACGCUUGGCCUGUCCGGUUUCAAGAAUCUAGACGAGAUACGGGGGAAGGCGGGUGUCUUGGCGAGGGACUGA